AUGCUGCAGCCGAAAGAGAAGGUGCCAUGCAAAAAGAUCCUUACGUUGGAAUCUAUGAAUUGGCAGGUCAAGGCAGUGGAGUACAUGAAUCAGGGGGCUGCUAUCCUGAAAGUGGGCAAGAUCAAAAAGGAGCUGUGGAAGGGCCUCAGAAAGCCUUCCACAGAAGUUGUCAGAGCCAACAUUGGUGAUUCACAACCCCUACCCAAAAACUACCAGCUCUUCCUGGCCUUGAUGUUUGCUGUCAUGGAGGUGAAUAAGGAUCCAGUUCUCCUCCCCAACAUCACACUUGGAUUCGACUUGCAUGACAAUCUGAAGAUGGAGAGGAACAUAUUUGCAUUCAGCCUCUCCCUGCUCUCCACCCAAGGCCAAAUGGUCCCAGGUUAUAAAUGUAACAGGCAGGACACUCUGCUCUCUGUCAUUGGAGGUGACAAUCCCAAAUCUUCAAGGCAGAUGGCCUCCAUCUUCAGCAUCUACAAGGUCCCACAACUCGGUGUUGGCUUUGAGUUAUCACAGGGAGAGAGAAGAGUUUAUCCUUCCUUUUUCCGGAUUAAUCCCAGUGAAUCUGCUCAGUAUGUGGGUUUAAUCCAGCUGCUCCUGUACUUCCAGUGGAACUGGGUUGGGCUGGUGGCACCUGAAGAUGACAAUGGAGAACAUUUCAUCUCAUCUCUGACACCAAGGCUGAAGGAAAGGGAGAUCUGCCUAGUUUUCACUGAAAUGAUUAAAUUGGAUUUUCGUGGUUUUCGAGGGUUCUCUUAUAUUUUCAACCUUUUGUCUAAAGCUGAAAUAAUUAUUUUGUUUGAUGAUUCCAAUAUCUUUAAAGACAUACAGGUGAUAUUAAUGGCAUAUCAAGAGAGGAGAAAUGCACCACUUCUCAAAGUCUGGAUCUUUACAUCCAAUUGGAAAAUUAUUUCAAUAAGCUCUGAAUAUAUAUUGCAAGUUAUAAAGCCCUUCCAUGGGGCUUUGCAUUUUAGGGACCACACUGGGGAUGUCUCAGAAUUCAGCCGUCAUCUCAUGUCUUUAGACCCUUUGAAAUCACAAGGAGAUAUGUUUCUCCCAGUAUGGUGGGAACUGAUAUUUGACUGCAAGAUCCACAAACCAGGAGCGAGAUCUCAAACAGGGAGAAAACAAUGUACAGGAAAGGAGAAUUUACAGAAUGUCCCACCUUAUGUGUUUGAAACAAGCAUGACAGGAGAAAGUUACAAUAUCUACAAUGCCAUUUAUGCUGUGGCACACACAUUGCAUGCAAUGCAUGGAUUAGGAGUGCGACCAACAAUGAUGAGGCUGGGAAAGAGGAUCUCAAAUGUCCAGUCCUGGCAGAGGAGAAGAGUUCCAGAGGGCAAGCAGGUUUGCUGCUAUCAAUGUGCCCCUUGUCCAGGAGGGACCAUUUCUAAUCAGACAGAUGCAGCUUCCUGUGAUCCUUGCCCAGAAGACCAAUACCCCAACAUGGACAAGGAUCAUUGCAUGGCAAAGAAGAUUCACUUCCUCACCUAUCAAGAUCCCCUGGGAUAUACUUUAGCUUCCCUCGCACUUUCUCUGUCUAUGAUCACGCUGGCAGUUCUGGCAAUUUUUCUUAAACAUCGUGACACACCAAUCGUCAAGGCCAACAACCGAGAUUUAACUUACAUCCUCCUGGUCUCCCUCCUGUUCUGCUUCCUCUGCUCUUUCCUCUUCAUUGGUCGGCCCAGGAAGGUCACUUGUAUUUUCCGACAAACUGUCUUUGCCAUUCUCUUUUCUCUUGCAGUUUCCUCUGUGUUGGCAAAAACUGUCAUGGUGGUUCUGGCCUUCAUGGCCACCAAGCCAGGGAACAGGGCAAGGAAAUUUUUAGGAAAACCACUGACCAACUCCAUUGUCUUAGGCUGUCCCCUGAUCCAAAUAAUUCUUUGUGUUACUUGGUUAGUAACCUCUCCCCCAUUUUCCAGCUGGGACUUUAACUCCUUGGUAGGAGAGGCCAUCUUGGAAUGUAAUGAAGGUUCUGUUUUAAUGUUUUAUGCUGUCCUCGCCUACCUGGGUUUCCUGGCCCUCAUUAGUUUCACAGUGGCCUUUCUGGCAAGGAAAUUGCCUGAUAGCUUUAAUGAAGCCAAGUUCAUAACUUUCAGCAUGCUGGUCUUUUGUAGUGUUUGGAUCAGCUUUCUCCCCACCUACCUGAGCACCAAAGGGAAGUCCAUGGUGGCUGUGGAGAUCUUCUCCAUUUUGGCAUCUGGGGCUGGUCUCUUGGUUUGUAUCUUUCUUCCCAAAUGCUACAUUAUUCUACUGAGGCCAGAUUUGAAUUGUAGAGAAAAUAUAGUAAGGAACAAGAAUGUUUAA